GUUCCGUUCCUCUUCCCUUGGCAUCGCUUGAAGCCUGCAGGGGCCUGUCACUUGUCUGUGGCUUUUUCGCCUCAAAAGCGCGUUGGGAGCCUUUUGGGAUGUGUGUCCACGGUUCAUUGAUAGAUGAUAGAUUGUUGGUAGGGACAGUUGGAGCUAAAACUUCUUUUGAGGAUCUUUUUCUGCUUCAUUCAUUCUCUGAACAGUUGCAAGAGCAAUUUGUUGAAUUGUGUGGUGUUGGGUUGAGUUGACAAUGAUGUUUGUGGUGAAUUCGGCGCUGACUCCAGCGUCAGAAACUGCCCCAGUUUCCUCCGGUUCGUCUUGCAGCGAUGGCACCAGUUGUAGGGAUGGAUCGACAAGUCGUCAACGACGACGUCCCUCUGCAAGUAGUGUAAGCAGCAGCCAUGGUGGAUCGGUGUGUGCUUCUCCUCCCAAUUCCAUGGGAGCUCCAACCUCCUUGACGCCAACACCACCACAAGAUCCGAAACCAGUGCUUUCUCAUCUUCCGAAAUCACCCUGUGCGCUGUCCCCGCCAUCCACUGCCAACAACAAGGUACUCUCCCCAAAAUCUCCUUCCGUCGUGGCUUUUAGCGGCGGGGCGGCUCCGCGAUCCCCUCUGUUGAUGCAGCCUCGUCUGAACCAUCGAAAUACUACUUCUUCCUCGACGUCUCGACUAUCCUGUGCUCGACUCGACGAAGAUUCUGCCAAGAACAAUCACAAUGCAAGUUUGAGUUCCACGGCGAGUUCCUGGCUCAUGGAUGGCAGUACCAGUUCGUACUCCAAGUCCACUCGUCGCAUGAAGUCCUUGCAAGAAGAGGAAGACAACAACAACAACAACAACAACCAUCCAACAACCAAAGUGCUCAUGGAAGAUGAGAGUCUUCACGAUUUCUACCACACAGAGUCGUCGUCCCCACAACCACCCCACAAUAAUAGACUGCACAAUUCGCUCAGUGCCCUACAAACCAAUCGAAAUCUGCCUCGGCCCGGAAUGCAAACUUCCUUUAGCAGCUUGCCGCUCAAAAAGAAAAAGAGCCGUGAUGACACUGCCAUUCAUGUUACCUCUUCCAAACAAACUGCUUGGCAAGGUGGCCAUCAAAGUCUCUCGGCCAUUUCUUCUUCCAAUGUUAAUUGGACCGGCGGCAGUCAAUCGGCUCCUUCGGAUCGAAAGAUUGUCACGCGACACUCGCUCAGUGGAGGAGUGCCGUUGGUGGUUCCCACUCCCGCCUUUGAGGACGACAAGGCAGCAAAACUCCCUGCUCUGACCAACUUUCAAAAGGGAUCCUCGUCGGAUAAAAACAACGCGCGAACAAAGAAAUCAUCCAAAGUCCGAACGAUCGUGGCAGUGAUUGGAGUCUUGUUGGUGUCGACCCUGCUCGUUGGCGUCUUUCAUCAUCGUAUGGGACCUUUUUGGCACCAUUGGCAUCUCACGGAAUCAGCUCGCCGCCAAGAACGACAAGAUGCAUUGGUGGCCAUUCUUCAACAACAAGGCAUCACCACUCAGCGUCUCUUGCACGAUACCGACAGCGAUGCCCAUCGAGCACUCUUGUGGAUGGCACACGAGGAUCCCAUGCAAUUGCCCAUCGCGACAGAAGAAUCAUCACAAACAGCCGUACUUCUCCAACGAUUUACAUUGGCCGCCUUUUACUUUGCCACACACAAACAUCACCCGCACCAUCAACCACUACUACAACUCGAUGAUGGCGAUCACAAUAAUCACUACAAUCCACAUCAUACAUGGCACAAUGAGACUCUAUGGAUGACGGAUGCACCCGUCUGCGAAUGGCACGGGAUUUCCUGCGAAUUAGUAGAACAAUCCGAUUGGUUCGAUGCCACGCUGGGGUCGAGUGCCAGUGCCAGUGAUGCCACGCGCGUCUUGCAGGAGCAGUCGGAUGAUAACAGUGAACAACAACAAGACAAUUCUCCUCCAGUAGUAGUACUGGAUAUUGUGCGCAUUGACUUGUCCAAACAGUUUCUCCAGGGCACAGUGCCACCCGAAAUUCGUUACUUGUCACAACUCACAGCGUUGGAUCUGUCCCACAAUCACAUGACGGGAACCUUGCCACAAGACGCAGAUGUGUUGGGACACUUUUUGCGAUUGACCGACUUGCGAUUGAAUCACAACCUCUUGACGGGUGUCUUGCCCGAGAGUCUCGCCAACAAUAUGAUUUUGAAGCAUGUCUAUUUGGAUCACAAUCACUUUCGGGGUACGAUUCCCUUGUCGUACGGACACAACUGGCGUAACCUGUACGAGUUCUCGCUCAGUUUCAAUCAAUUGACGGGGCCACUGCCGUCCACCAUGGGCGGUCUCAAACAUAUUCGAGUACUGGAAUGGAAUGACAACCAAUUAACGGGAGAACUACCCUUUGGAUUGUCUCUGUUGAAGAGUAUCGAACAUGUCGACCUACGCUUCAAUCAUUUGGCAGGGAGUAUUCCGUCCGAGUUUUUCAACAGCGCCAAGCACUUGAGGGUCUUUCACUUGGGACACAAUCUCAUUACCGGACACAUUCCAGAUGAGUUUACACACAUGGCGCUGUUAGAAACCUUUCAAGUACAACACAAUGAAAUGUCCGGCCGAUUACCAAAGACUCUAGGUCAGUUGUCGUCCAACUUGAAGAAUCUAGAGAUCAAUCACAACCAUUUCACGGGUUGGGUGCCGUCUGAAUGGGGAGAGAUUGAAACGUUGCAAGUGCUGCGAGUGCAAAACAACCAGCUGGGAGGAAAGGUGCCAGUCCAGCUUGCCAAACUGACCAAUCUGGAGGAGUUCCAGCUGCAGAACAAUCUAGUACAGCCGACGCUCUCCAAGAAGAUCAAGCGCCGACUGCCGAACUUGCGCCUUUUCGAUAUCGGUAUUUACGCGUCUCAAGCACGUGGCGACGCUCUUCAGAUUGAAUUGGCCGAGGAAGCCAAGAGGGCACUACAUGAACCCGUGGUGGAGGAGGAGGAAGAAGACGACGAGGAAGAGGCGGAGGAAGGCGAGUUGGGCGAAAAGGAAUCCGAAGACGAAGAAGGAACUCCCUUGUUAUCCAUUGUGGACAAUUUUGCGCAGUUACACGGUGUGAUGGCUCCAGGGAACGCACAUCCCCAGUAUGAAGACGAAGAGAUGUAGAGCACGCUUUCAUUCAUCUAUUGACAAUUAAUGGGCUGGAAAUCAGGCUCUCACACACAACAUGGCCCUGCAGCAUCUGGAUUGCUGCAGUCGCCUCCAUAAGACUAUGCAUGAAUAAACACAACUAUAGAUCCGUUCAUAUUCUAUACAAAUGCAGUAGCGACAUGCAACAGCAAAUGCAUGCAUGCCUAGAUCAACCGGCUGGAGGGUUAGACCUCAAAUGGGCCAUUGCCUUUUUCCAUUUUGCUUGUCGUCAUCGCUGCAGAUUCGAUUCAUGAUUGUCUACUCCACACAAACAACGAACUCCAUCUCCAAAAAAGGCAUGUUUCCAGAUGAUAAACAACUCAUGCCAAGGUCUACACGUACUCCUGGCUUCUGGGGUUAAAACGUCGGGGGAUACCGGUCAGUGCGUUACGACGAAAUAUCAACCCAAAUGAGGAAUUUU